CAGAAAGAUUCUUUCCGCAGCAAAAGGUGCAUAGAAAAAUUUUCUUGGCAAAUUCAACCAGCUUAAAAAAAAAUCAUAAAAAAAAUUGUGUGAUCGAUUUCCAGAGCGAAAUUUAUAAAUGAAAAUCAAUCGUUUAAAAGUAUUCACUUGAUUAAUAUUGUGCAAUUUCAAUCAAAAAUCUCAACAACAAAAAAAAGAGAAGAGAAAAAAAAUUCGCAACGUGUAAAGAUCCAAAUAAAGUGAAGAAAAAAAAGUGUGCAGAAAAUUUUUUUUUGUUUCAACAAAAAAAGAAAAUUACACAAGGAAAAGGCAGAAAAAAUAUAUAAAAAAUACCUACAAAUUAAUUUGUAUUUCUUUUGUGUGUGUUCAAAGCAAAGUGAAAGUUGAGAGGACGACCAAACACAUUUUAGAUUUUUUUCUGUGAGAGAAUUUAACAGAAGAAAUCCUUUUUUUUCGUGAAAGAAAAAAAAAAAAAGGAAAAAUCACUUUUCUUCCCAACACGACGACACGGACAGUCGCUAUUUUGUGAAUUGUUCAGUAAAUCUCAAAUGUGUAUGGCUAUUGUGCUUGUUAGACCUGUUCCCACAUCUAUGGAGUUUCAUCUAGACAGUGCAGAAUACUGCCAAGCUCAGCACAAAUAAAAAGUGACAUAAAAAAAAAUCACCUCAAAACACGGGGGAGCGUGAGAGUGGUGAAGAGAGCAAUUGAGCGCGUGCGCGAUUCAGAGUAGAUACAUCAAUAAAUAAUUAUUUUUCAAUCAUUAGAUCAUUUUUUUUUUAAGUUUCAAAAACUAUAAAUUUCUCAGUAAUUCAUUUAGAAAACUAAAAUUUCAAUUUUGUCCAUUUAAUUGCAAAAACAAAACGCAUAUCAACGAUCAUUGAACAUUUAAAUUAAAAAAACAUAGACAAACAUAAAACAACCGGGAAAUUAUCGGUUGAAAGCGUUUAAUAUUCAAUAUUCAAAUCAUAAAACCCCUUUUCUUUUGUUUUUCUAUACAUUUUUUGUGGUUUUCAAUUAAAAUUAUCAGAUAAACAGGGAAAAAACGGGUAAAAUUUUGUCAAAAUAUAUAUAAAUAAAUAUCUAUCUGUGUCUGCUUAAAAAGAAAGCAAAAAAAAAAACUAUUACUAAUCAGUUAUUACAAAAUUAUUUUGAAAAAAAGUGCUUAAGAUACACUACAACUCUUAAAAUUGAAAAUAAAAUUGUUAUGGGUGAUAAAUAAAAACAAUAAUAUUAAGAUUUUUCUAGGAAUUUAUCUAACACACUAAAAAAAUUGCAAAAUAAUUUUGUUUUUUUGUACUUAAUUUUUUUUAUUUUUACUUAAAAAAAACUUCUAAGUAAGAAGCCAUUUUCUAACAAGGCCUUCAUAUAACAAAACUUAAGGAAAAAAAAUCUUUCAGAAACAGAUAAAUAUAAUAAAAUAUAUUUUUAUCUCACAUUAAAAACAGAUACGUAUAUAUUUUUACAAAGAAAAAGAUUAAAAAAAAAAAACUAAAUUAAAAAAGAAAACCAAAAUCAAUUUAUAUUUUUUAAAAAAACAACUUUUCCACAAACCGUCGUCAUUGUCGUCGUCGAAACCAGAACAAACAAAUUCUCCAAACUCAGUGUUUAAAACUGAAAAACAAAAAAAUAAAACUCUAACUAUUUUUGUUUUUGUAAUUUAUUAUCUAUAUAUAUAAAAAAAAUAUAAAUUAUUAAGAGCAUAUAAAUCUGAAUAUAAAAUAAUUAUUUAAUAUUUAAAUUUAAAAGGACUGCAAUAAUUAACUUAAAAUUUAAAAAUAUAACAAAAAAAAAAUACAACAAGUCAAACUACGCACGCGUGAAUCGAAAAUAAUAUAAAUUGCUAAACUAAUUUAUUUAUUCAAUCAACACAACAAAUUAACAAAAACAUAAAACCUUGCUGCUAAAAAAACGUUAAAUACAAAAAAAAAAACACAGCCAAGCCAAUCAACGAAACAAAACAAAAAAAGAGACAAACAAAUUUUUGUGUUUUUUGUUUGUUUGAUUUUUCUAUUCUGAACGCGAAUUUUUUAUUGAUGAGCAACAUGCGCCAAAAGGACAUCCGACCAGCACCCGCUCUUAUUGAGUUUAAGGGGAUGAAAUUUUUGAUCACCGAUCGACCAUCAGAUUUAACCAUCCCACAUUAUGUUUUGGAAUUAAAGAAAAAUAAUGUUAGCACCGUUGUUCGUGUAUGCGAACCAAGUUAUAAAACCGAUGAGCUUGAGUCUCAAGGCAUUGUUGUCAAGGAUUUAGCAUUUGAAGACGGAACCCCUCCGCCACAAAAUGUUGUUGAUGAAUGGUUCGAAAUUUUGAAGCAAAACUAUCAACAAAAUCCUGAAGCUUGCGUUGCCGUUCAUUGUGUAGCUGGCCUAGGAAGAGCACCCGUUUUAGUUGCUUUGGCGUUGAUCGAACUUGGUCUCAAGUACGAGGCAGCUGUUGAAAUGAUCAGAGAUAAACGACGAGGCGCUAUUAACGCUAAGCAACUCUCCUAUUUAGAGCGAUAUAGGCCAAAAUCAAGGCUUAAGCACAAAAAUGGCCACAAAAAUUCAUGUAGCGUGCAAUAGAUAUCAAAAUAAAAUUCCCACCAGAUAAAAAGUGUUCAUUUUAACCGAUAAACAAACAAAAACAAAAAUAAUUAAAAAAAUAAAUAAAUUAAUGAAGCAAAUUAUCCAAAAGAAAAAGAAGAAAAAAACAUUAAGAACUAAUUGAAUGAGAAAAAUAGAGUUUUUGUUUUUUUUUUUUUUUUGAGAAUUGUGGAAUUAAGAAAAAAAACCUCGGUUGAAAAGUUAAAACAUGGAAUAUAGUAAAAUAUUUAAUUGUAAAACCAAUGAUUGUAUCAAAUUGAAAAAAAAAAAACAAAAUAUGAAAAAUGUACUUGCAAUUAACAACAACAACAACAACAAUCCCCACUUUUAUUCCCCAUCCCUCUCUGUAUUUGCGCAUCACUUAUAUUCAAUUGUCAUCAUUAUAAUAAAAUACAACUUAUUUAUUGCUCUUUGCUACUCCCCCAAUAUAAUGGUUUCUCUUUUUAUUAAUUUUUGCUUUUGAUUUUUUUUUUCAUUAUCUUUUAUUAAAACAAAAUAUUGUGAAAUUUAUGUUUUAAUAUUUAAAUUUUUUUUAAUUCAUCUAUCUUAAUUAAUAUACGAAUUGUUUAAAAAAGAUUAAACAUCUAAUUAUUUUUUGUAAACAAAAUUGUAAAAAAAACAACAAGUCCUUCCAAAUAAUUUUUCGGAUGGGAAAUAAAUUUAUUAAGAACAAAAAAUACUAAAAAAAAAAAUAAUUAAACAAAAUAAUGAACAACUGAAAGAAUUUUAAAUUAAAUGUGAAGCUAUAAAAAAAAUAUAGUUAGCUAUUAAUUUUUUUAGGAAAUCCAGAUUGUAUAAAAAAAUUAAUAAAUUAAACACAAACAAACAAAAACAAAAUCUAAUGGACACAUUAUUAAGCAGUUAUAUAUUAAAAACAAAAAGAUAAAAUAACAGAAUAUUAACAAUAUAGAGUAAAAAUGAAAGUAAAAAAUGAACCACAACAAAUAGGUACACCACUCUCCACACUCGUAAUAACAUCUUAUCAAUUGCAUUAUAAGUAAAUGAAAUAAAAAAAGCAAAAAAAAAAGAAUUAAAUAUCACAAUAGAACAUCAAAAAAUUAAAACAAAACAAAUAUUUAUCUAAAAUACUUGCUCCUUGUCUCCCCCAUUAACAAUAAUGUUAGAACAAAAGAAAACAAAAAUAAAGGAGGAAAAAAAAUUCAUUGAAAAUAAAACUAAAUUCACUUACAUAGAAAAAGGUAAUACAAUUUUAGAGAAAAAGAAAGAUUUUCGAAAGCAAAAUUUAUGACAAAUGAGAUAAACAUUAAAAACAUUGAGCAAAAUAAAAAAAAAAAACAA